AUGUCCGACUACAUAGCCGCCCUCCACCUGCCCCUCAUCUUCAACAAGAUUUUUGCGGACCAGAUGGAUAGUCUCUACAUCGCGGGGGUGAUGCCAUCGGCCGAGAAGUCGCUGUCCAAGCUUCUUUGCGGUUGUUAUAAAUCGGGAGCGGAUACACGCGAGUACGACAACGACACGGCCUACGCAAAGCCGGACGGCGAGCCGCUGGUUACGGAGCCGGAGGAGCCCCCAUUUCGAGCGAACGCCCAUCUGCCUCAGUUACCGAGCCCCCCUCCACCGGCGACCCAUUGGAACGAUCAAAAAACGAUGGAUACGUACUCCCACUAUGGCGGUGAGGUCGAGGAGCCAGAAGAAGGAGCCCUCGUUGAGUACUGUAGAAUCGACAAGCAACAGCAACCCGCCAUUCCACGCGUCUGCGAGGCGACCACCGUCACCAUCGCCCGCACCCCGCAAUUCCGGAUGCCGACUGUCCCGAUGCCGACGGCCGGAGCGACGGCGGCCCCGGUGCGCAGCGUCCAUGUCGUUGACGUCGAGAUGGGCCGAAAAUGCGCGAGUCGCGAGUGCCAUGGAUGCAAUCGUGGAUUCCAGGAACAUCCUUGGAGGAAGGUGUGCGUGCACUGCCGCUGCGAUCGCAACGAGCACGAGGUCGCCCCGAAUCAGGUGCUCUCCGUCUACGAGAGGCUCGGCGUCAAGCCGCCACCAGCCGACAUGUCGCUGGGGCAGGCGACGCGCAACGAUGCGCCCGGGUCGGUGGCGCACGGCUACGCCUGGGUCCCGCCGGGAUUGAACCGGAAGAAGGUAGAAGAGUACAUGGCCCAGCUGCCGAACCAUGUCGUCCCCAGAACGAACUCGGCCGGAGAGAAGUAUAGGGAAAAGCAGCUGCUCACCCAGCUUCCGCGCCAGGAUCUUUCGGCCGCCUACUGUCGACACCUCCGGACGCCGAUCGAGCGAAAGGUUUACGAAGAAUUCGUGAAUGCCCGUAACGAGAUCGCCCUGGACAUUGGCUACGUCUCAGCUAUGAUCACCAAGUCGAUGGAGUGCAAAAAGUGCCGUGGCCUGCUCGAGAAGAACGAGAUGGCCGUGGUGGCGCCAAAGUUGGGCGAGAAUGUCGGCUGGCAUCCCGCGUGUUUCACCUGCAGAACUUGUGAUCAGCUGCUCGUGGACCUGACGUACUGCGUCCGCGAGAACGACGUCUAUUGCGAGCGGCACUACGCCGAGCUGCACAAGCCCCGAUGCGCCGCAUGCGAUGAGGGGUUUAUGUUGGUGCUCCUCCCCUCAAAUAAGGAGCACGAGUCGACCGGAAAGGAU